AUGAUUUUUUACAAUCUGAGUGGUGUGGAGAGGUUAAACGUUGAUGUCUCCUUGUUGCGAGACGAGAAUGCGCAGCUGCAGUCUACGAAUUCUGAGAUGGAGAAAGUGUUGGCGGAGAAAGAGAGUGAAAUCUCGAAAUUUGGGGAAAGAGAGAGUGAGUCAUCUGCGCGGAUUGUGGCAUUGGCUGCCGAUGUGAACAAUCUCCGAGAGCAAUUAGGGCAUACAAGUGAUCAGAAAAGUGAGGCAGAGAGGGUUAUUGAGAAACAGCGUGGAGAAAUGUCAGAGGCCUUGAUUCAGAUUGAGAAUUUGAAAGAGGAAUUAUCGUUGGCGGAGAAUCGGAACACUGAAUUAGGGCACAAGAUUGUAGAACAGGAAAGAGAGAUGGAAGAACACAGAGAUGAACUGCUGAGAUUGAGUGAGGAGCAUACGCAAUUGGAAGUCCGGUUUAGGGAUUGUCAUGAGAGACUCGUUAUAUCGGAGAAGAGGACAGAGGAGAUCUCUGAUCAAUUCCGAGGUAGCAUGACUGUUAAAAAUCAGGACAUCGAUCAGCUUGAAGAAACUAUAGAAGACCUGAAAGCAGAGCUGGAGAUUAAAGAGGAUGAACUUAGCUCAUUGGUAGAGAAUAUGAGGGCUACUGAGGUUAAGCAGCGGCUGUCGGGUCAGAAGCUCCGGAUCACGGAGCAGGUAUUGAGUGAGAAGGAAGAGAUCCACCAGAAGAGAGUUGAGAAGUUGCAGGAAGAAAAGGAGUUGCUUGAAGGGAGGAUUGCUUCGUUGGCCGGGAUAGUUUCUAUAUACAAGGAAGCUCAACUGAGUCUGGUUGGAGAAAUCUCUGAGAAGAUGAAUGAGACCUUGAAUGGGAUUGACACAUUUAGUAUGAAGUUUGAGGAGGACUACGGCCACUUGGAGUCGCGGGUUUAUGAAAUCGGGAAUGAGCUCAAGGUUGUGGUGAACUGGAUUACUGGGAACAAUGCUGAGAAAGAUGAGAUGAAGAAGGAGAUUGGGAGUUUAGUUGAGCGAGUGCUGGUGUUGAAAGAGAAGGUUAAUGAGAUGGAGAUGAUAAUGCAGAAGAACGAGGAGGAGAGGAAAAACCUAAGUGAGACGGUGCGACAACAUGAGGAGAAGGCGAAGGAGUUGAAGAUGGUGAUAGAAGAGAGGGAUGGGAGGUUGGGAGAAUUGGAGAGAAAGAUGAAUGAGAAAGACAGUGGUAUGUUGAGCUUGAGCGAGGAGAAGAGAGAGGCGAUAAGACAGUUGUGCAUUUGGAUCGAUUUUCACCAUGAUCGGUACGAAGAUCUGAAAGACAUGAUGUUGAAGAAGAGGGGUGGAACAAGGCAGAUUGCUGCUUGA